UCAAAAAAAGCAACUGCAAAAAUUGUCAACCGCGAAUUUCUUUCUCUCGAAGAUUUUCCUUAAAUUUAUAAAAUAAAGAAAAAAAAACCACUUACAAAAACAUUUUUACAAAUCAAUAUUCAAAUUACAUAAAUCUGAAAAGAACCCAACAUUAACUAACUAAUGUAAUUCAUUGUUUUAAAAUUUCCCCUGCCAAUUGUAAUGCAAAAAGAUUCAGACUCUGAAAAUGUGCCACAAAAGCGAAUUAUUUCCUCCAAGGACCAAUCUCAAUCCAACAACCAUGCUGAUUAUGAUUAUCCCAACAUUUUCAAUCAACGAUCGACUAAAACCAUGGGUUCUAUGGAAGUGACUGCUAUUAAAAAAUCCAAUUUGGAGAAUUCCUUGAAACCUGAACUAAAUGGUCAGUAUAAUUGGACAAAUAAUAGUGGCGGAGGAGAUGACUUACCCAAGCGAUUACAACAACAAAAUACAAACACUGCAAAUACCAUGGUUCGAGGGACUGACACAAAUUCUGUUGUCGAUGGGCCGAAGACAUUCAAUUCUCGCACUUUUGAGCGAUAUAUUCCAGACGAUGGCGGGCAUCGUGGUGGAUCUGGAGCAGGUCCAAGUGGCAACAGUGGCAAUUCAAAUCGUAAUAAAAAAAUGACUCCAUUCAUGAUGCUUUUGAGUGAGGAUAUGCGAAUAUCGAAAAUACUUCGUCGAUUGCUGGAUGAGAAUACAAGUGCAAGUGCUUUGGAAUUGUGUGGUAAAUUGGAGACUGCUGUAAGGAAUCAGUCAAAUAUGCAGUAUAUUUGUCGUUCGUUUGAUACUUUGGCCGAACAAAUUAUGAUUAUUUUGAAACAAGCUCCGAUGCCGUGUCUUAGACAGAUGGCAACUAUAUUUGGAUUAAUGGGAUAUGUUAAUCGAGCUGACUUUCCUAUAUAUAAGAAUUAUAUUGUGAAGAAUUAUGCGGCAAGUCGAAGUAUUCAAAAGUAUCUAAUGCUGUCGUUGAAGACGACUUUUAGUUGCGAUGCUGUCAACAAGGAUCUUUCCGUCUAUAGUGAACGUAUACUAAUCAUCCUCAAAGAAUACUUGGAAAAUGCUGAUCUCGUUGAUAACUUCAUGGCAGUCAGCGAUACAAUUGUUGAAUUCUCCAAACACUAUAAACGUUCAUUUGAAAAACACUUUACCGACAUUGUCGAUAUAAUUGUCGGUUGGCAUUUAGAAACUGAACAAUCACAAUCUUUAAAACACUAUUGUUCCACAGUCCUUCAAAGUCUCUCAGAGUAUUUUGUGAAAAAGUUAGAUUUCACAUUUGGUUUACUAGGGCAAUUUCUCGAAGACAUACAAUCAGCAUGUGAUGAUAUCAACUCCAAUAGCAAGUCACCAUUAGCCAGCCCCGAAUUAAGUGUUGGUGCUUUUAUAGGAGCUUUUAAUUCCAUAAUGAAAUCCCUAGCAACUCCAAAAGAAUUUAUUGCCUUUACUGUUGGCAAAAAUCUAUUAAAAUCCGCCGUCAUUGUUAUCACCUCAGCAGCUAAACAAAGUUUGAAAAAUAGUUCCUGCGGAGAAACUGUCUAUUCGGUUAAUGAAUUCUUCACAUUGAUUUUUAGCAAUUACACUAAAAUGGAUGAUGUAAUGCUAGUUGAGAAUAUCGAAGAAAUCAUUCGAAUUGAAAUUAACAACAUGGAUGAAUUUGAUGUCACUUUAGUCGGUAGUUUAUUGUUCCUAGUCCUCACCAUAGUCAAUCAACUCAAAGCUAAUACACCGAUAAAUCUUGUAUCGACACUUCUCAAAUUGGAUGGAAACUUCCUUACUCGCACAAAACUUACCCAAAAUGAAAGAAAUUUUAAACUCUUGGUGAAGAUUUAUCAUGAGAUUUUAAUGAUUAAAAAUGUUCCACUUCUCCUUGAAGCUUAUCGUCACAUUCUAUUGGACAUUGAACUAUCUAUCGAUUCCAUUAAUACCGAGAAUGACCUGCCACCAGUGUAUACAAUAGCACAGGCUGAAUCUGUACUCACUUUUUACUUCUCAGCACUGGCAAACCUUGCCACACAAACUUCCUCGAUUAUUGGAAUGUACGCUCUAAAUCCAUCGAUUUUGGAACUCCUCAUAACCAACUGCCAAUCGACAAAUAUGAAAAUCUGGUCAUCAAAUCCUACCCUUCAUACGGCUUUAAUAAGCCUUCUAUCAGCUCAUUGUCAAAAAAAUCACAACUAUCGAAUGUCCAGUCGACUGCUGGCAGAUAAUUUUUUUGCCAAAUUAUCUCUAGAUGAAUCCAGUCCCACUUCUGAGAAUUUUACUCGAAUUCUACAAUUCUUGGCAGAGGUUCUCUCUCAAGCAAGUUACCUAUCCCAAGUUAAUUUGAAAAUCAUCCUCGAUUGGCUGAAUAAUCUUCUCUGUGAAUCGAAAGAAAAUGCACACAUUUUAAAAGAUCAUCAGCCUUUCAUUGAGAUUUGUGAUUCCCUCUGUACGACGUCAAUUCUGCUGCCAAUCGAAUGUGCCGAAUGCAUUACAACUUUGCAAAUUUAUGAUUUCCUUGGAUCGAAAACUCAAAUGCUGAUUAGAGGAGCUUCAAUUGGACAUUUACAAUCGACAAAUGCUCGAGUUAGAGAAGCCUAUUGUGGAGUAUUUGGACGUCUCCCACUCAAUGUGUCUCUUCUUAAUCCCAGUCUCGAAUUGGGUGUUUUUAAAAUGAAACAUGUAAAAGCUAAUGAAUUAAAACAAUGGUAUAUCUCAACUCCGCUUACAGCCAAUCUCAAAGAAAGAUACUUUCCUGAUUUUAUUGACAAGGUAUCACUAAAUAGCGGCACGGAGGGUAAAACCAUUGAGAGAUUUCUAAGAGAUAUAUUCCCAAAAUGUUGGAUUGCUGAAAUGCGUGAAAAGGCAUCUGAUUACUAUCGAACUAGUUUGGGCAAUCAAUAUAUGUUGACGUCAUGGAUUCAAUGGGAAGCAGCACGCUACUGUGUGAAGAAUAAACUGCGAACAAAGUUGGGAAAACCUCAAGAUACAUUCUUGAAGAUUGAAUCGAUUAUUAUGAAAUAUGCAAGAGUUUUGGCUUUGAAAGAUUCCGAACGGAUUCAGAGUGAUGAGGAAUUGAUAGCAAAUGAGAAACAUGCCAGAAUACUCCUGGGAUUCCUUGAGUGUCUAGAAAAAUGUAUAUACAAUGCUGCUGAGGGUACAGCAUUUGCUCUUCAGGCACCAGAAAAACCAGCAAAAACUUUCUUCCGAGUUAAUACACCAACUUGCAAGGAGUGGUUCAAUCGUAUUCGAACUGCAGUCAAUCUUAUAGCAAUACACUGCAUGGAACCUCAAAUGGUGGUACGAUAUUCUGAGACAAUGUUGCGUAGUUUAGUCGCAUCUGGGAAGACCAAUGACAUGAUUUUUGAUCACACCAUUAUGUCUCUAGUUUGGGCUCUGCUUAAAUGCAAAGAACCAGAUUCCCUGCAGGGUUUGUAUGUGUGGAUUAAGUUAAAGACUGGAAAACGCUAUCAAUGGAUAAAAUAUGCCUCAGAACAUGCAUCAGGUCGGCGAGAAAUAGCAGCCGAUGGAUAUGCAAGUGUUUUGGCCAGCGAAGAGAAGAUCGAUAGUCAUGUUCGGGAGUUUUUGGGUGAUCAAAUGUUUGAUUGUUUGUAUUUCACAAAUCAAUGGACAAGAUUACGAAGUCAAUUAGAUGAUCUUCAGUCUGAUAAGAGAGAUACACUGCCAGCAAUUGGUAUGAGUGCCAAUCAGUUGGAAGUGAUGGAGAACUUGUACCACGACUAUAACGCAGACAUUUCAGUGUUGGAAUUAUCAAAAUGGGAGAAUCUCGAAACUAAACCCAAUGAAUUGUCUUCGAAUUUUUCAUGCUACAAAGUGCUGAGUUCUUUGCGAAGUACUCUAACUUCUUUGACUUUGAGUGGGAAUGGAAGUGAUUUGGCUGUUUGUGCGAAACUUAUCAAAGCGGGAUUACAAGAGAGUAUGGCAAAGCGUAACAGUGAGCAUUUACAUGACUUUAUUAUCCUCAAUCAUGUAGCUUGUAAAUUGCUUGAUAAAAAUGAUGCAUGUGAUACUUUCGAUGCUUAUUUGGCAACUGAAGAUUCAGCGACUCUUACGAAAUGUGUCAAUUGGGCACAGUUCUUUGCUCGCCGACAAGGAAGUGAUAUUAAACAUAGUAUGUAUUUGAAUGUAGCUUCAAUAGCUCGAAAGGAUGGGAAUCAUAAACUAUGUCGUUUGGAAUUGGAAAGGUUUUUCCAAGUCAAAGGAGUUGGUAAAAAUAUCGAUGAAUUAUUUACGAGUGUUUUGAAGAAUGAAAUACGACUUGAUAUUGGUGAUACAGAAAUUUUGCAGGGAUUUAGUGAAAUGUCCAAGUGUAUGUAUACGAAUGCUGAAAGACAAAGUGAUGCUGUGGCUUUAGCAUCUGCAUGUUGUUUGCAAGUUAUCGAACAAGUGUCUACACAAAAAGCUUCACAGUAUCCUGAAACUGUUUCUAGAAUGUUACUCACUUUGAGUGAAUGGUUGCCGCAACAGUUCUCUGAUGAAUUCUUGUUGGAUGACAAGAAUGGUGGUAAUAGUCAACAGCAUUUGAGGAAUUUACUUAUUAGUGUACCGGAUAUUUCAGGUCACCCCGAUGAAGAUUUUAACGAAAUCAUACCUCCAAUCGAUAUGGCUGUUGGCAAACUCAUUCAAGCCAGUGUCUUGCAAUGCGAUUACUCAGGAAGAUCAUGGUCAGCUUUUGGUAAUUGGUGUUAUCGUUGGGGUAAGAAACUAGUCGAAGCUAAGACUGAAGAUAAUUGUGACAAAGCUGGACUAUCUCAGCGUGAUAUUGAACUGAUCAAAGAAUUUAUUGCCAAUAUAACCGAUGAUGAUGUUGCUGCUAUUGUCCAAGUGCUAGAUAAACAUCAAGUUACAGCGACAGAAGAUGAAGAUAUGGAAACUAACGAAAUCAGUUCAACUGAAUUAAUUGAAAAUCAAUUAAGGAAGAUUCCGAUUCUUAAAGAAAAACCAGUCAACGUAAUAAUGUCGAUCAUUCAAAUUUGGAGACAAGCUCACAAGAGUGUUUAUGUUUAUUAUGAAAUGGCUGCAGAAGCCUAUUUCAAAUAUCUCAGUCUAUCGUCAAGUCAUGAUGCAAAGUCAGGAGAUUGUUCACUCGUAACAGCUACUCUACGGCUUUUGCGUUUGGUAGUUAAACAUGCAUUUGGCUUGCAAGAAGUUCUGGAAGAAGGUUUAAGUUACACACCAACACGUCCCUGGAAGGUAAUAGUCCCACAACUCUUCAGUCGUUUGAAUCAUCAUGAACCUUAUGUAAGGAAACGUGUGUCAGAAUUGCUCUGUCGAGUAGCAGAAGAUACACCACAUUUAAUCAUAUUUCCUGCUGUAGUUGGAGCCUUCCAUGAGCACAAAAAAGACGAGGUUACCACUCCGGAUGAGUUAAAUCCUCUAACAUAUUGUUUCAAUUCAUUGCUAUCCACUCUGUCGAAUCAAGCUGCCGAAACAGUUCAACAAGUCCAAUUGCUUGUCCGUGAAUUGAAGCGCGUAACUUUGUUGUGGGAUGAAUUCUGGAUACAUUCUUUAACACAGUUGUACAAUGAAUACUCUCAUUUAUUCAAUGCUCUAGAAUUGGAAGCCAAAAAACCUACAGCCAUGCAGAAUUACACCAGUUUGAAUGCUAAACAUACCAUCCUUAUGACUCACAUCGCUGAUGAUCUCAAGAAAUUAUUUGCCGUCACCUCGAAACCAGCUGAAACGAACUAUGAGAGAAAUUUCCAAGAAAAAUACUCUAGCAUUAUUGAAACGACCAUCGAAGAGUUAAAUAAGCCAUUGAAUUUGGCCAAAGUAAAUGAAUCUUGGCAAAAACUCAAACAGUUGUACACUGUAUUCCAACAGCGUUUGCAAAAAAAUUCCCAAUCGGCGCUCAAGAUGCUCGAUAUCAGUCCUGUGCUGGCUAACAUGAGGAAUACUGCCAUAUCUAUGCCAGGAGUUGAGACAACAGAAAACGAACCGAUAUUCAUUAAAGCUGUCGAUAAUACAGUCUAUAUCCUACCGACUAAAACCAAACCGAAAAAAUUGGCAUUUUUCGGUAGCAAUGGAAAACGUUACACGUACUUGUUCAAAGGUUUGGAGGAUCUUCAUUUAGACGAACGUAUUAUGCAGUUUUUGUCGAUAUCGAAUUCCAUGAUGGCUAAAACUAAUUCCAAUGUCUAUCGUGCACAUCAUUACUCAGUGAUUCCUUUGGGACCACAAUCGGGUCUUAUUAGUUGGGUCGAUGGUGUAACACCGCUUUUUGGCAUCUAUAAGAAAUGGCAACAAAGAGAAGCAGCUAAUAAAGAUCGAAAUAAUUCGGUAUUGCUAAGACCCUCAGAAAUGUUUUAUAGCAAAUUAAGUCCAUUGCUAGCAGAGAAAAAUAUCAAAGUAACCGAUAGUCGAAAGACAUGGCCUUUGGCCACUUUGCGACAAGUUUUAGAUGAACUCUCGAAAGAAACUCCUCGUGAUUUGUUAGCUAAGGAAUUGUGGUGUCACAGUGAUAAUUGUGCAACUUGGCGUGCUUCCAUUAGAAAGUAUUCUUUAUCGGUAGCUGUGACAUCGGUUAUUGGAUAUGUUAUUGGACUUGGUGAUCGACAUUUGGAUAAUGUGCUGGUCAAAUUGACUACGGGUGAAAUUGUACAUAUCGAUUAUAAUGUUUGUUUUGAAAAGGGCAAAACAUUACGAGUGCCUGAGAAGGUUCCAUUCCGAAUGACACCUAAUUUGGAAGAAGCUCUUGGUGUGACUGGGACAGAGGGUGCAUUCCGUUUAGGUUGUGAGCAUGUUCUCAAAACCCUACGCAAAGAAAGAGAAACCUUAUUAACUCUUUUGGAGGCAUUUGUCUAUGAUCCACUUGUUGAUUGGGCAGUUGGCGAUGAUGGCACAACAACUAGUACCCGUUCGACAACAGCUUUAGCUGCAGCUGCUAAAAUUGCAGCCCUCAAAGCUACAUCUGCCUCGAACAAUAAUGCAGAGGAUUGUAAGAAGAAGAAAAAAUCCGAUGAAACAAAAAAAACCGAAACCGAAGUAACAAGAAAUACAAUUCUUGCUCGUUUUACCGAAAUCAAACCAUAUUGGACUCAAUAUAGGGACGAAGUUAUCUACAAACUUCAGCAGGUGCUUAAUUCCCUGAAAGAUCUCGAAGACAACCGUGAAAGUAUACAUCAAGCUGAAUUGGAACGUGAUGCUUUGACCAAACAACUGGCCAUGAUUCGUGAGCUUGAAACUCUAGGAAGUGCAAUGGGAAGCCAUGCUCUAAACACCAUUUCACAACGAUACAAUACAUAUAAAAAAUCAGCUGAUGACUUUACUGCUGUUAAAGCUAAUAUAACUGCUUAUCAAAAAGAUCUAAGAAAUAGUACGACUUUGUACUUUCAUACUCUACUUGGUGCUAGUGGUCUAGGAGAAUUAAAUUCUCUACGUCGAGUCAUACAAUGUACCAAACCUACAAAUGAAUUUGACAUUGUCAAGGAACUAUUAGAAAAUAGUGCUCAGAAUGUUCUAUAUGGCAAAUCGGACUUUGCUCGUAAAGAAAUGGAUAAUACUUUACAGCAGCAAGAAAAAGCUGCAUUCAUAUGCACUGAUGCUAUCAAUCAGUAUGUUCAAGUUAUGCGAUUUUAUCCCCAUUCGAAAUUGAGAAAAUCACGUUUGGUCAAAUAUGAGAGAUUGUAUCGAGAUCUAUUGGAAGGACAUAAAGAACCGGCGCAAAUUAAAGAUGAAUUACAUGUCCUUGCAAAGGAAGAACUUGUUUUGCGAAGUUCUCCAGUGUUUGUUGACUUGGUUGUGGGAUAUGCUACUAAACUGGAACAAAUGUGGAUUGAAGCCAAUUUCACAUUGAGAACUUUUAAUAUUCCAAAUGAGCAGAAUAUUGUAGCGGAUCAACAAGAAACCUUAAAUGAAAACAGAAAUCGAUUUCUAAAUACCGGCAUCAAUGCCCUCAAUUCCUUACGCUUUGCCACACUCAAACAUAUCGUGCAAUCCAAUUCAGAAAUGUUCUUAUUCGAAACCUCAACUGUUGACGUUCUCGACUAUCAGAUCAACUACAUACAAUAUCUACAAAGCUCUCAAUACAUCUUUGAGUUAUCCGCCGACGUGUUGACCAUCCUAGCAACUCUUGAAACAGCAUUCUUAGCAAUUAGAUCACUUAGAAAUGCAUCACAUUGCAAACUACCAUCAUUAAUUGUUGAACUCUUUAUGAUCAAUGACGAUGAAGAUUUAAUCACAAUAAUUGGUCACGCAAUUGGUAUCGAUGGAAACCAACAAGAUGUUUGCUUUAAAAACGAAAUGAAUGGUUUGAAAAAAUCCCGACUAAAUUAUGUCCUUAACGAAAUCGAACAUUAUCUUUCAACUUGCCAAAAAUCACUAAAUGAUGUUAAAAAGUGUCUAAUAUCAGCCACAAAUUGGGAACAAUUUUUAUCAUCUCAAAUAAAUAACAAUUUCCAACAAAUAAUCACAGAACUCCUUAAUCCUGGGCAAGAUUUCUUUGAGCAAAACAAAAUGUUUGCCUUAUCACAAAUCUUUGCCAUAGCCAAACAACAAACGGAAUCACUCCGAAAUAGCCAUUUGGACAAUAUUUAUGAUGUCCGAUCUAUUGGUCAGCCAAUAAGAGCAUUUAUCAAUGGUCUACAAGAGAAAUGCAUAAAUGGCUUGACCUCUUUAGUUGGUGCACUUGUUAUUGAAGAUCUAAACUCGAGAUAUUUGCAAGACUUCUCCGACAUCUACAAUCUUGAAAAUCACAUUCACAAUGCCAAAGAUCUCGCUGAGAGCAUGUUUGUCUGUCACCAGCGUAAAUGUGGUCUACAACUCAUGCAGAUGCAACUCGAUUUACAAUUGGAACUUGUUGAGCAUUUAACUUUGAUUACUUCUGCACACUUUUGGGCAAAUGAAUUGAAUUUACGAGCUCAUGCUCCACCCUUUGGGCAUAUCAUCUCUAGAGAAAAACUUUUGGCCACAAUGCAAAGUAGUCGCCAGAGUCUUUCAGUGUGGAAGAUUACCAUGGAGAAAAUUCAAGCUGAAAUCGAUGAGAAUACCUGUGCCAUAAUUCCACGACUAAAGUGGGCAGCAGGAGCAAAUCCGAAUAUGGUGAGUGUAAAAGAUCAAUUCGAGGAAAUGUCUAGAAUUCAAAUGGAAAAAUUCCGAGCUCAUACUAGUUUGUCGAAUACUCUAAUGGAAUUCACCGGAGUGAUUGUUCAAUUUGAACUUUUCCAAGAAAGAGCCGAAAACAAGGAAAUGGAUAGUAUAUUUUUGGAUGCAGUGUCACAAUGGGGUGAAACUUAUGCUGCAGAGAGACGAGUAGCAUCUUUGAUCACUCCCACCGAGCAGGCAAUUGUUCAGCUCCUCGACCCAGAAGGUACUGUGGAUCAAUGUUGGAUUGAUAAUAUAUCGGGUUUACUUGAUGAGAUGACCUACGGAGUGCACAGACAGAUUGCCGAUCUGGAAAAGUGUGCACAAAAUAUUCAAGAACAAGUAUUUUGUUGUUCUAGCGAUCUGCAAUCGCUAAUGGAUACUCAACUCCGAGUUGAUAUACGCCAUUUACUGAAACUCUUCUCAAAGGUAGACAGCGAAAGUCAGAGCACUGCUCGAGUGCGUGAGUUUCAGUAUAUUUUCCGGCAAUUCUUUGCCCAGUUGAAUGAUCUCAACAUGAAGAUUCUGUGUCGAGACUUUGCCGAGGCAAAUGUCCGACAGAUGUUUGAGCAAGCAAAUGAUUUGAUACGAGACGUCGAACAGAAUCACACAGAUCUAAUCGACUUGGUGGAUGAUUUCCACGCCGAUUCCAUGGACCGCCGAAAUGUUGGAGGUGCAAUGCCAAAUGAUCCAAAGAAAGGUAAUCAACGUGAACAAAAACGUAAUGCAUAUGCUGUAUCAGUAUGGAAACGUAUCCGCAUGAAACUAGAGGGUAGGGACCCCGAUCCGAAUCGUCGCUGUACGAUUUCUGAACAAGUUGACUAUAUGAUACGCGAAGCAACGAAUCCCGACAAUUUGGCUGUUUUGUACGAAGGCUGGACCCCUUGGGUCUGAAAUAAGUCUCCAUACAAUUAGGACCAUGUGUUGUCCUGGGGCUCAUCUUCAAUGCAACCAUAUAAAAUUACAACAACAACAAAAAAUAGGAGAAAACUAAGAAACAAUUAGCCGAAUAUUUAAGCAAACAAAAUGAAGAGUGUUUGGGAGCACAGAAUAAGUACUCUAAACCAAAAAAUCAAAAAAAAAAAAAAACAAA